GGGCGCGCGGUCCGCGGGGCCGCUUCCUUCCGGUCGUCGCCACGAACGGAUUCGCGCGGCGCCACCUCCUGGACUCGGACAACUGCUGGCGCCAGCACCGGAUUCCCGUGCCGCCGAUCGGGCCCCGCGGGCCGCGCCUCCUCGACAUGGGCCCCCUCUCGGCGCGGCUGCUGAUCCAGCGGGGGCGACCCAAGAGCGACCGGCUGGGGAAGAUCCGGAGCCUGGACCUGUCAGGGCUGAAGCUGCUCUCAGAGCACUUGGACCCCAAGCUCCUGAGCCGCCUGAAGCAGCUGCAAGAGCUGGACCUUUCCAACAACCAACUGGAGACGCUGCCUGCCAACCUGGGCCUGUCCCACCUGCGCAUCCUCCGCUGCGCCAACAACCAGCUGGGUGAUGUCACUGUCCUGUGCCAGUUCCCACAGCUCGAGGAGCUCAGCCUGGAGGGCAACCCCUUCUUGACAGUCAGUGAUAACCUGAAAGUCUCCUUCCUCCUGCCCAAGCUCCGUAAGGUCAACGGCAAGGAUGCUUCCUCCACUUGCUCCCAGGUGGAGAACCUGAACCGUGAGCUGACCAGCAGGGUCACAGCUCACUGGGAGAAAUUCAUGGCCACACUGAGCCCAGAGGAGGAGGCAGAGAAGGCCCAGGCGGACUUCGUGAGGUCUGCCAUCAGGGAUGUCCGCUAUGGGCCCGAGUCCCUCAGCGACUUCACCCAGUGGCGGGUACAGAUGAUCUCUGAGGAGCUGAUGGCCUCUGGUGGGACCCAGGUGCAUAAGGCAGACAUCCCAGAGAGGCCCCCCAAAGCCACAGCUACACAGGAGCCUGGGGCCAGACCAGUGGCCUUGAAGCGGCCCAGUGACGUCCCACUCGGCCUCUCUCCCAGCAAGCAGGUGUGCACCUCCCCAUUGGCCCAGGUGGAAGGCAGCCCCGUGGGCUCUGAUGGCAGCCAGCCGGCCCUGCAGCUGGAGCCCCUGCACUUCUUGCAGUGCCACAGCAAGAACAACAGCCCUCGUGACCUAGAGACCCAGCUCUGGGCCUGCGCCUUCGAGCCAGCCUGGGACAAGGCACAGGCAGGGGCCACAUCCCAGACUGUGGCCACGUGCGGCGGGGAGGCCGUGUGUGUGAUUGACUGCCAGACGGGCAUCGUGCUGCACAAGUACAAGGCGCCUGGCGAGGAGUUCUUCUCGGUGGCCUGGACAGCCCUGACGGUGGUCACACAGGCAGGCCACAAGAAGCGCUGGAGCGUGCUGGCCGCUGCGGGCCUGCGGGGCCUGGUCCGGCUGCUGCAUGUGCGGGCUGGCUUCUGCUGUGGGGUCAUCCGGGCCCACAAGAAGGCCAUCGCCACCCUCUGCUUUAGCCCCACCCACGAGACCCACCUCUUCACGGCCUCCUAUGACAAGCGGAUCAUCCUCUGGGACAUCGGGGUGCCCAACCACGAUUACGAAUUCCAGGCCAGCCAGCUGCUCACACUCGAUACCACCUCCAUCGCCCUGCGCCUCUGCCCUGUCGCCUCCUGCCCGGAUGCCUACCUGCUGGCUGGCUGUGAGGGCGGCUGCUGCUGCUGGGACGUGCGGCUGGACCAGCCUCAAAAGCGGAGGGUGUGUGAAGUGGAGUUCGUCUUCUCCGAGGGCUCUGAGGCUUCUGGACAGAGGGUGGAUGGGCUGGCGUUCGUGAAUGAGGAUGUUGUGGCCUCCAAGGGGAGCGGCCUGGGCAUCAUCUGCCUGUGGAGCUGGAGCCAGACGUGGCGGGGCCGGGGCAGCCGGUCCACAGUGGCCGUCGUGGUCCUGGCUCGGCUGCAGUGGUCGCCCACCGAGUUGGCUUACUUCUCGCUCAGCACCUGUCCUGAUGAGGGGAUGGUGCUCUGCGGGGACGAGGAGGGCAACGUGUGGAUCUACGACGUCAGGCCCCUCCUGGCGCAGCGGCCCCCACCGCCGGCCGCCCCGCAGGCCCCCACGCAGAUCCUUAAGUGGCCCCAGCCCCAGGCCCUGGGCCAGACAGUGACCAGGACUAUGGUGAACAUGGUGGCGGCCAACCCCACCUUUACCUACCUCACGGCACUGACGGACUCCAACAUUGUCGCCAUCUGGAGAAGCCAGCCUUGACUGUGCGGGCAACACCUCUGUCACAGAGCACCAGGGACACAACUUAACUUAUUCAGCUUUUGGGGUAGUGACGGGGAUCUUUUUACUGGUAAAUGUGUUUAUUAAAGUCUACUGUGUAAAAGCA